GCAUGUGACCUGGAGCGAUGCGCGCGGGGGGUGCUGGGAAGGUUUCUGAGGGACUAGCGGGCGAAGAGGAGGGUUGCUCCAUUGGAGUCCGAACCACGCGCUCAGGUGGAGGCGGGAGGGGGCGAGCGGAGCCGAUCUAGAUGUGAGUUACUGCAAUGAGUAAACGUAAGUCAAAGGAGACAAGCUCUGUAAAUGGAGAAUGCAUCUCACAGGUACAAAGAAUUUUACGUGAAAGAUUUUGUCAUCAGUGCCCUAAUGGAAAACUGUUUGGGGUUCAACUUCAGUACAAACAUCUACUGGAGCUGCUGAAACGAACUACUAUCCAUGGAGAAAGUAACUCUGCACUCAUUAUUGGACCCCGGGGAUCAGGAAAGACUAUGUUAUUAAAUCAUGUCUUAAAAGAGCUCAUGGAAGUAAAGCAAGUGAGAGAGAACCUCUUGCAAGUUCAUCUGAAUGGACUCUUACAGACAAAUGAUAAAAUAGCUCUCAAGGAGAUCACGAGACAACUACAAAUGGAAAAUGUGGUUGGAGACAAAGUUUUUGGCAGUUUUGCUGAAAACCUUGCAUUUCUUCUUGAAGCUUUAAAGAAAGGUGACCGAGAUAGCAGUUGUCCAGUGCUAUUUAUACUGGAUGAAUUUGAUCUCUUUGUUCAUCACAAGAAUCAGACUUUACUGUAUAACCUUUUUGAUAUAUCCCAGUCAGCACAGACUCCAGUAACAGUUAUUGGACUUACAUGCAGACAAGAUAUUCUGGAACUCUUGGAAAAAAGAGUGAAGUCAAGGUUCUCCCACCGACAGAUAUAUUUGAUGAAUUCAUUUGAUUUUAAACAGUAUCUUAGAAUAUUUAAAGAACAGUUAUAUCUACCUGCAGAGUUUCUAUACAAGCCUUUCGUACAGAAAUGGAAUAGGAAUGUUCAGUCUCUUUCAGAAGACAGAACAGUGCAAGAUGUGCUACAAAAUCAUUUCCACUGCAGCAAAGACCUGCGAUCACUUCACAUGUUGUUGAUGCUUGCUUUAAGCAGCAUAACAGUAUCUCACCCAUUUAUGACUGGAUCAGAUCUUCUUGAAGCAAGCAAAUUGUGCAGAAUGGACUCAAAAGCAAACAUUGUACAUGGUUUGUCUGUGCUGGAAAUCUGCCUAAUUAUAGCUAUGAAACAUUUAAAUGAUGUGUAUGAAGGAGAACCAUUUAAUUUUCAAAUGGUUUAUAAUGAAUUUCAGAAGUUCAUACAACGGAAAGCACAUUCAGUGUACAACUUUGAGAAACCUGUUGUUAUGAAGGCUUUUGAACACUUGCUACAACUAGAGUUAAUAAAACCAAUAGAAGGACUGCCUGUGCGUGCUCAGAGAGAAUACCUACUAAUGAAGCUACUUUUGGACAAUAAUCAGAUAAUGGAUGCUUUGCAGGUAUACCCAAACUGCCCAACAGAUGUGAAACAGUGGGCAACAUCCUCAUUGAGUUGGUUGUGAACGUACUGAACUGUAUAAAGCCAUAUUAAGUUGAAAUACAAUAAAGUGGUUGUACUCAAUAUAAU